UUAUCUCUAAGAAAACUCACCAUCUGUAUUUCACAGUCGUAACAGACCAACCGCUAAGCACUAAAGCGAUCUGUUGACAAGUCCAUGUCCUCAAGUGUCUUUUGGUUGAUGAGUCUGACUCAAGAAGCCCUCUCUCUCUCUCUCUCUCUCUCUCUCUCUCUCUCUCUCUCUCUCUCUCUCCUCUAAUUCGCAAGUCCCAACCAACCCCAAUUAGCCUUUCCUUGCAUUCUCCUCAUUCUACUUCUUUUGUGACUAUUACUCUCAGGUUGCUUGAUCCAGAAUGAAAAAAUUAUAUUCAACUUCAAAAGGUAACACUGUGAGCAACAUCUUUAAUAGGGUCAUAGAUUGGGAGCUCAGGCCCGGCGGUAUGCUUGUUCAAAAGAGAGAUGUUGGCGAUGCCUCUUCUGGGCCUAUGAUCAAGAUCAAGGUUUCUCAUGGUUCUUAUCACCAUGACAUCACUGUCCCUGCUCAUUACACUUUCGGGGAUCUGAAAAGGGUUCUGGCCCAUGAGACCGGUUUGCAGCCUAAAGAGCAAAGGUUGUUGUUUAGAGGGAAAGAAAAAGAAGACAUGGAUUGUUUGGACAUGGUUGGUGUGAAAGAUAAGUCCAAGAUUAUUUUACUAGAAGACCCGGCUAGCAAAGAGAAGAAGCUUGAGGAGAUGAAGAAAAAUCAAAGCCUAUUGAAGGCUUAUGAAGCCGUAGCCCAAGUAAGAGCAGAGGUUGACAAGCUCUCUCAAAAGGUUGUCACUCUGGAGACAAUGAUGCGCAGUGGCACUAGAUUUGCAGACAAGGAGUUUGUCGUCUUGACCGAGUUGCUCAUGAUGCAGCUGCUCAAAUUGGACACAAUUGAGGCUGAAGGAGAAGCCAGAGCGCAGAGGCGGAUCGAGGUGCGUCGUGUCCAAAGCUUUGUCGACACGCUUGACAACCUAAAGGCAAGAAAUUCCAAUCCCUUCAGCAACAGUAACAAUUCAGUGUCAGUUACGACAAAAUGGGAGACUUUUGAGUCUGGUCUUGGAAGCUUGUGUUCCCCAACAGUACCAUUGCAAACUUCUACUAAAAUAACUCAGGAAUGGGAGCUCUUUGACUAAGCAGAAAAUAAUAUUCCAUCCAAGAAGGGUUUGUAUAAAGUUGUACCUAUAUUGGCUGUUAAUUUAAUUCUAUAAAAGCUUUUUGAGAAGCUGGUUUUGGAGAAGCUAGUUUUGGAGAAGCAGAGAAAAAAUAUGCUUUUUAAACAGUUUUGGUGUUUGUAAAUAUGAUUUGUAUAUAUGCGUUUAAUAUUGCAUUAUUGAGAUUAUGCUUGAUUCUUGCUCC